GGCAAAAAGAGUUGAUUGACGCGUCCACGCGACUUCGGACGCGUUCUUGUUCUUCUCAAACACCCUCCACUUUUAACGGAAAAUGACCGACGUCGAGGGCACGCCAGUCCAACGGCGCUCUCAACGCGAGAGAAAACAAGUCAAACCUUUUGCUUCAGGGAGCCAAAGCCCGAACAAGCGCAAGCGUGAUGCGGAGGAGGACGAAGAGGUAGAUGCACAAGCAAUGGAAGAUGCUGAAGUUGAAGCAGACGAUGAGGAGGAUGCCGAAGGUGUUGAUGACGCCGAUGACGACGAGCCAGACACCCGCCCAGCCAAACGAAAGGGCAAGGCCACUGCGCCACGCAAAGCAAAGGUGAAAGCCAAAGGCCCCCCACCUCCAAAGAAACCACGGACGACAAAAAAUGCAGCACCGAAGCCUCAGAAAGCCCCUAAGCCGGCCAAACGUAAAGCCAAAGCCAACGGAGACUUUGAUGCAGACAAGCUGGCCACCGACACCAAGAUUUCUUCCGACAAUCCACUUUUCAACGCUAUCAUGAACCCGUCCGCGGCACUGCAAUCCACCGCAGAGGACUUUUUGGACUCGUUAGCCCAGAGUCCGGGUGCUGCUCAGGCGGAGCUUAUCAAUUGUAUUCUACGAGCAUGCGGGUGUAAUGACUCAGUGGAUGCAGACGAAGUCCUGGACUACGAUGGCGUUGUCGACUCGCUUGAUAACUUUACUGAGGGACUGAAACAGGAAAAUUCACCAAUAUACCCCCUUACCUCCAAGUUACCAGUUUUCAAGCGUUUCCGAGCGUCCUUGAGCGAGCUAAUAUCACGCCUCGUCCUGAGCGCGGCUGAUGUUGGAGCGCUGUACACGAGUGACAUGGUCACGACACUACAGACGUGGGUAGUUGCGAUGAGCAGUUCACAGAUUCGCGCGUUCCGGCACACAGCAACAGCAGUGGCACUGGAGGUGGAGACCGCGCUGUGUCAGGUGGCAGCGGCAGUUGAAAAAGAGGCAGAGAUUGUCGGGCGACAACGUGAGGGAGAACGGAAGAGGCGAGCUGCAAAUAAAGCCCAAAGUGUGAGGGAGAAGGACUUGGACGGCAAGGCUGCGGAAGUGAGAAAACGUCGUGCUGCCCUUGCAGAGUACCUCAAGGAGAUCGUGGAUGGUGUCUUCGUGCACCGGUACCGCGAUCUUGACCCCCACAUCCGUGCUGAGUGUGUGCGCGCAAUGGGCCAGUGGUUCACACACUACCCCGCCCAUUUCCUCGAUGCGUCCUACCUACGCUACGUCGGGUGGGUUCUUUCCGACAGCGCAACACCCGUCCGUCUUGAAGCCGUGCGCGCCUUAUCAGCUGUCUAUGCACAGGCAGAAUACAUCGGUGGCCUCAUGAACUUUACCGCACGCUUCAAGCCCCGUUUGCUUGAGAUGGCAGCACGUGAUACAGAGCUUGCCGUGCGCACCGCUGUGCUUGGUGUCCUGGGCGCAGUCGACCAGCACAGCUUACUAGAAGACGAGGAGCGGGAACAGAUGUGCCAGCUCGUAUUUGAUGGUGAGGUGCGCGUGAGAAAAGCAGUUGCAGGAUUCGUAGGGGGUGUCUGGAAUGAACUUGUAGAGGAAAGAUUGGCGGGGCGGAAGGUGGGCGAGAAAGGAAAGGAGCGGGCGGGUGCCAAGGCGCUGGCAAUGUUACUUGUGCGAUGGGAUCGCGAGCGCGUGGAGGAAGAGGACGGGAGCCAGGACGAUUCGCAAAGAGGCGUGGCUAUGAGCACUGAUAUCAAAGGGCGUACGGGACUUGCUGUAGAGGCUCUGUGGGAAGACGUGGACUCUGCGAGCGGGUGGGAGGGUCUCCUUGAGAUGCUGCUGCUUGAUCACUCUGCUGGAGGAGGCGACGAAGAUCUGGAUCGCGUGGACGACUCUAUCGCUGCUUCCGCGAAAAACACUGUAGAUGAGGCAUGGCGCCUGUCCGAGACAGAGGAAAGUGUGCUGCUGGAGGUGCUCAUUGCGUCGCUCCGAAGGGCAAAAGCUCUUGCUGGCACUGCAAAAAAGGGCGAAGACGAGACGCUACUCUCGGAUCUCACGCGUGCACUGAUCAAGGGCCUCCCGAGAUUGUUCAUCAAGUAUCAGACGGAUGCCAACCGGAUUGCCAAUGUGCUAUUAAUCCCACCCUUAAUGAACACGGAGUUAUAUCUAGAGAUGCGGAUGAUGACCGCCUAUGCCAAUCUCUGGGACGACAUCACCAAGCAAUUCCUUUCCCACUCCGCCCAAACCGUGCUCACUUCUGCCGUCGCAUCCAUCACGCAUUUACUCUCCUGUCCCUCGCUCAGCAACACCAACAGCACGAAGAUUCUGGAACUCGAGGACGAGCUCGCGGGGCAACUUCGCGACGCUGUAGGUGGGCGCGAGGAGAUCGAGGUUGCUGGAUUUAACGAGGACGAGGUUCUUGCACUAGGUGCUGUGUGUGCGCGGGUCUGCGCACUAUUGGGGACGAGGGAUAUGUGCGGGUGGAUGGAAGAGAGUGAGGGCGGGAAGCAGAGUUGUGUAUGGGAUAUUAUAUCUGCACUCGUAGAGCGGGGACGGCUGGGAUACAGGGAAGAGGAAAGGAUGAUCGAACAGGGACUGCAGAUCCUCGGGCUACAUAUCAUGUGGAAGACACGGAAUUUACCCGACGCCAAGGAGGCGACACCAGAAGAUGAAAAGUACAUAGAAACUCUGCGCGAGCAACGGGACUCUCUUCUCGAGAAGUUGGUAGAAUACGCAGUUGGUACGCAGUCGAACACUGCCGAAGCUGUCAAACGCGCCGCCUUCCAAAAUCUUAUGACAUUGCACAUUCUCUUCUGUGCGGAGCAGACAAUGACGCCGGAUGGGCGUGUGUUACCAACUGCUGCAUUGCCCCUUGAGCUUGACGUCGAGGUGCAGUAUCGCUGCGCAGGAUUCAUACAAGCCGCGAUCGAGCAGUACGCCGAGGUGCUUGAAGAGGGACAGGCGCUCGGGGAGAGGGAAGAAGCAAGUGAGAGCGGAGAGAGUUCAGGGGAGGAGAAUGUCCCUGCGAAGGGCAAGAAGGGCAAAACAAAAGCGAAGUCGCCUGUUGUCAAAGAACAGCCCCUGACGCGCACUCGCCUCGAGCAAGAGUAUGUGUUCAUGGGAACGAUUUCUACGUUCUUAAGGGCUAUUCGCGCGGGCGCUGUGCAUGUGAGGCAUAGUGCAGUCCUACUGGCGCAUUUUGGACGGCUUGGACCUGCGUUUGAUCUUUGCACAAAGGUAAUCAUCGAUUCUCUGCGCGAAGAAGGGAUGUACAGGGAGAACGGCGAUCUCGUAGUCGAUGUUGUCACUCAGGCACUGAAAGAGUCGUUCACACUUGUCCUUGACUCUGUUGUUCGCGGGGAAGAGCGUGCAGUUGCUCUCGCCAAGCAGCUCGGACAAAGUUUCAUGAUCCGGGGUGCACAACUCUCGAUUAUCAAGAGGCUUGACAGCCAAUACAUCGUGCAAACGCACACGAACCUCCUAACUUGGAUUGUGAAGCGCAUUGGCACAUAUGAGGCAGCCAAGAAUAAGAAAUCACGCAAAACGGCUAUCUUGUUCUUCAGGGUUUUGCAGCCACUUCUGAUAGCUGUUGAUAGCCGAGACGCCUUAAAGAUCAAAGCCCAUAUGGAUCAGGUCCUUGCUCAGGCUAAGAUCGAGGUUCCGCCAUCAUCCAAAAUUUGGGAACCCCAGCGAGCGUACGAGAAGAAGCUCUCUUCGAUCAUGGCAAAGGAUAAAGGCGGUGCAAAGGGUAGAAAGGCAAAAGGCGCAAAGAGUACAGCAAUGGUCACCAGCGACGAAUCGGAGAGUGAACCAGAACCUCAACCAGCUGAGGAAGAACCUCCCGCACCAAAACCGCGUCCGAAGCCUCGCCCGAAAUCACCCCCAAUACGCCGCUCUACCUCGCCUUUGUCGGAGCUUGAAGCGAGUGACCCAGAACCUAGAGGACAGGAACACGCCGAAGAAGAAAAUGAAGUAGAAAAAAGUGAAGCUGAGCUGGAGGGUGAGCCCGAAGAAGAGCAGGCCACUCCAAGGAACCGUCAUCAAGCAACAUACGGCAGGUCACCGACGAAGACACCAUCUGUCCCUAAUGUGUCUAAUGGUGUCACCCCUAUAUCCACGCGAAAACGACGGAGGACAGACGAGGAUGAUGAGGAUGCUGGAGAGAAGAGUGAAGUUGAAGCUGCUGAAACUAACGGCGACGCUAACGCUUCCGGAGAUGAGGGCCCCCGAGAAGAAAGCCCAUCGAAUGGAAUUCUUUUCAGGAGGAAACGUGCUCGUCAUUAGUGGCAGAUGGGAUUUUUCGAGUUUUUUAUACUUAUUUGUCGGAUGUGGCUUUAUCUUGCUCUGUUUCACCGCUAUGUUGUAAAUACAUGUCACCAAGAAUUAGAGACCAACAUGUUUUCGAUUGGCAACCGCUCUCGUUUGCCAACUCUGCUGCAAAGGU